AUGGCCACUAUGACGAUGACCCCCACGAUCACGAAGCGAAACGCCAAGAAGAUGGCGAAGCAGGUGCCGGAGAACGAACGGUUCAUGCGAGCGUGCUCCGACAUUGCAAAUGCCCUGAUCCAGGAGUACGAGUCGUCGCGGGACUCUUCGCAGCCCAAGAAAGAUGUCAACCUCAACAAGUUGCGCGGCACGAUCGCAAAGAAGCACCAUCUGUCGACCCAGCCGCCACUGACGGCCAUCAUUGCGGCAGUACCUGAACACUACAAAAAAUACAUUCUACCGAAGCUGAUCGCAAAGCCGAUUCGGACUUCGUCUGGUAUCGCCGUGGUGGCGGUUAUGUGCAAACCUCACCGAUGCCCUCAUAUCGCCUACACCGGCAACAUUUGCGUCUACUGCCCCGGUGGCCCAGACUCUGACUUCGAAUACUCGACUCAAUCCUACACCGGAUAUGAACCAACUUCGAUGAGAGCGAUUCGCGCUCGUUAUGAUCCAUUUGAACAGGCGCGGGGACGAGUGGACCAGAUCAAGUCUCUCGGCCACAGUGUGGACAAGGUCGAAUACAUCAUUAUGGGUGGAACUUUUAUGUCUCUGCCGGAAGACUACCGUGACAGCUUCAUCUCGCAACUUCACAAUGCACUGAGCGGAUACCAAACGGACAAUGUCGACGAGGCCGUGCAGGCAGGCGAAAUGAGCAACGUGAAGUGUGUGGGUAUCACAAUCGAAACACGACCGGAUUACUGUCUGGACACACAUCUGAGCAGCAUGCUCCGCUACGGCUGUACGCGACUGGAAAUUGGUGUACAGAGUCUGUACGAGGAUGUUGCGCGCGACACCAACCGUGGUCACACAGUGGCAGCAGUGGCUGAGACUUUCAAGCUUGCCAAGGAUGCCGGCUUCAAGGUUGUCAGCCACAUGAUGCCCGAUUUGCCUAAUGUUGGAAUGGAGCGCGAUCUUUUCCAGUUCCAGGAGUACUUCGAGAACCCCAACUUUCGUACUGACGGUCUCAAGCUCUACCCCACACUUGUCAUUCGAGGCACCGGUCUCUACGAGCUGUGGCGAACCGGCCGUUAUAAGAACUACACGCCCAAUGCGCUAAUCGACCUAGUCGCACGCAUUCUCGCUCUAGUUCCCCCGUGGACCCGUAUCUACCGAGUCCAGCGUGAUAUCCCCAUGCCACUAGUGACAUCUGGUGUGGAGAAUGGCAACCUGCGCGAACUAGCAUUGGCACGUAUGAAGGACUUCGGUACGACCUGCCGUGACGUCCGCACCCGAGAGGUCGGUAUCAACGAAGUGAAGAACAAGAUCCGCCCCUCGCAGAUUGAGUUGAUUCGCCGUGACUACACUGCCAACGGUGGUUGGGAGACAUUCUUGGCAUAUGAGGACCCGAAGCAAGAUAUCCUCAUUGGUUUGCUUCGUCUGCGCAAGUGCAGUGACACUCACACUUUCCGUCCAGAGUUCACAGGCCAGCAGACGAGUAUCGUCCGUGAGCUUCACGUCUAUGGUUCGGCUGUGCCGCUUCAUGGACGUGAUGCGCGCAAGUUCCAGCAUCGUGGCUUCGGAACUCUGUUGAUGGAGGAGGCGGAACGCAUUGCUCGUGAGGAGCAUGGCAGUACCAAGAUCAGUGUUAUCUCUGGUGUUGGCGUGCGUAGCUACUAUGCUCGUCUCGGAUACUUCUUAGAUGGUCCUUAUAUGUCGAAGAUGCUGGACCCUUGGGAGGAUGAGGAGUAA